AUCUGAAGCGGCGUCCAUGCUUACUUUUACUUCGACUCAGUAUUUUCGACCCAAGCAAAGCUCACUGCAAAUCCACUGCAAAUUAUGGCACCGUUGGCGUCGUCGGUGUCGUCGCGGUGUGCAGUCACCGAGGAGUUUGCGGCGUGCCUUGGGGUUUCAUUCUCGGCACGAACAAGACGUGUCCGCUUAUCCUGAAGCGCGAUGCGCCGGCACGCCGACACCGCAGCGUCCGUUCGUGUCUUGGACACACCGACAGCAGCAGUGACGAACUGAAAACGGUAACAUUCUGAAAAAAGGAAAAAAAAAAAAAGAAAAAAGAAAGCGCCGACCGUCACUGAUAGGACCUCUCGACCCAUCUGAACUUCCGUACAGCGGGGGCAACAUGCCGCUACUGAACCAGUGAGCCGUGAAACGGGGUGGUCCGUCCACCGAGUCCGACUCCGUUGCCGUCGUUGUAGGAAGACACGACUCCGUUAUGUCGACGAGACGCUCGAGAAUCCAAAUUAAGCCCAACACCGGGCGAAAGGGUGAUAACGCCGCCGCCAAGCCAGCGGCACCGCUCAAACCCCAAGGAGUCCGGAAGUCGAGUGGGAUCUCCGUUCCCGCCCCAGCUCUACCGGUCGAAGAACCCGCCCCAAAUCCCGCGGAAGAGACGCCUUGUUGCGUCGGUGCCGACAACGAAACUCCCCAUGUCGAAGCAGCGGUCGCCGAGGUUGGGGUGCCCAGUCAACCGGAGUCGACAAUCGAAAAACCGCCGCCGUCCCCGCCACCGCCAGCGGCUCAACCGGCCGAACCCGCCUCGCUUCCUCCUGUGGAAGAAAUCGGACCACCGGAGCCGGCUGCCCAAGUCGUCCAGCCGCCGGCACCACCGCCGUUACCCCUUCAACGAACUCGAGCAUCCAAGCGACCGGCUGAAAAUGAGCCUAAAAACGCCAGGCCUGCCAAGGCUUCAAAUGGAACGGCUGAUGCGCCGGCACCCAAGCAUGUCCACAGCCAACCCACGGACGCCGCUGGAGAGAAUUCCUCCGAGCCUUCCACGGAGCCUCCUUCAGAGUCACACACCGACAAAAAAUCGGAAGCACGCUCUGAACCAAAGUCUCGCAAAGCAAACAAAAAGCCACGGCGGACGACGCGAACCGCCAGCCGAAAGCCUCCUGCAGAUCGCAGUGCCAUGACCAUGAUGGACCUCAUCUACUACAACCCACCCGGAAACCCCAUGCCGGAGAAAACCUCCAAGGUCCGCAUCCUGGAAGACAGCGCCGAAACCGUGGACGACCCGGCGGAGCCAGAGGCCGCUUCGGACGAGGACGGAUCUGAGGCGUCGGCGGGUCCGCGUGUCCGCGUCGGACCCAACGGGGAAAUCACCCUGGACGAAGAGAGUCUCGUGGUCCGACGCCAGGCACCCCGCUCCGAGCCGCGGCCGGUCGUGUACGAGACGGGCCACGAAACAAACUACACGUCGUUUCGGCGGCAGCCGCACGGCCGGCGGACUUGGACGGAGAAGCAGACGGCCCGCUUCUACCGGGCCCUGAGCGUCUGUGGCACCGACUUCACGCUCAUGGCCACCUUCUUUCCCGAGCGCACGCGGCAGGACCUCAAGAACAAGUUUAAGAGAGAGGAGCGGAUGCAUCGGGACUUGGUGGACAAGGCAAUCAACGACCCCACGCAGUUCGACCUGGUCGGGCUCGAAGAGGAAAUGGAGGAUCCCGACGACCCUGAACCCACUCCGGAUCGCCAAACCAAGCGCCGCGGCCGGAAACGGAAGGCCGUGGCAGAAGAGCAGGUCGAAGAAGAAGUCGUCCACGAAGAAAUCAUCAUCGAAGACGCCACGGCGGAAAACACGACCGCAGAAAAAACCGGCAUUGCGACGCCGUCGUCGUCUGGCACUCCGGGUGCACAGGCACCCUUAGAACUCCAGUCUGGGCAGCUGGUGUUUUACGCCAGUCGUGCUCAGGAGCAAGUGGUGCACGUGUUUGUGGUGUCACCCCAGGGAGAGAACGGCAGCGAAAGCUCGUCUGAACUGGUCAACAGACUUAGUUCGCCGCCCCUCCGCAGUCCUCCGCCGGCGACGGCCGAGGUUUCGUCUUCUUAGUGAGAUUUCUGCCACCGCUGAGUAUCUUUCGUCGUGGCACACUUGUUGAGGCUUGGAAUAGCUGCGUGUGGUAACAACAAUGCAAGUUUUUUUGUUUUUUUGUCUGUGUGUUUUGAAAUUGGGCAUUUUUUUGUACCCUGAAACAAACUCCUGGUGUAAGUGUUUGUGCAUGUGCAUCGGGCGUAGCCCGAUGCACGUGCACAAUCCAGCUGAUCUUAUAAUAUACACAUGCACCCCAAGUCAUAGACAUCCCAGCCACCUCAGUUCCCCCCCUCCUCCCCGAAUUUUGACAAAUUCCCGGCUAUGCCACUAAUGCGUGUGUGUGGUAUGGGAGGAUGGUUCUUGUAAAGAGACACUCUCCACGCGUAGUCGUAUCUUGGAUGCCCAAAAAUGUAAUGCACUGUUCGUUUCUUUUUUUUUUUUUUUGUAUGUAUGUUUAAAUUUUGAGGGUCUUGGCGCGGUUUGCGGGGAAGAAAAAAAAAAUAUAUCUGAGCGUAAAACGUGAGUAAAAAUUGAUUUUUCA